UGCCUGUCGGCGCUUGAGGGGCAUAGCGGUGAGGUCACCUCCGUGGCCUUCUCUCACGACUCAGCCCGGAUAGCGUCGGCGUUGGGGGACUCGACGGUCAAGAUCUGGGACACCCACAGCGGCGCGUACUUGUCGACGCUCGAGGUUGGCGGAGUGCUCCGUGACAUCUCGUUUGACGCUACUGGCUUAUAUCUUCACACUGCAGGUGGGACUAUUAGUCUCAGUGCAACUCAAUUAGCUCCUAUAACAACUACGGCAGCUUCUCAGACUCUAAAAUACAACAGCCUAGCGUUGAGUUCAGAUGGGCUAUGGAUAACACCUGAUUCUGAGAAGCUAGAAUGGCUACUAUUCAAGUAUCGGCCAUCAGCCUCCGUAGUUUUAAGGAAGAUAAUUGGCAUUGGUGCUAGGACUAGAAGAGUUUGGAUAUAUACUAUUUUAGCCUAA